AUGAAUACUACCAGAAAAGAUGAAGCAGAACGGUUGCUAGAGUUCGCUGAGCAACGAUUACAAAAGCAUGAUCUCAAGGGUUCAAGGCAAUUGGCCAUCAUAGCCCAAGACACUGAACCCCUUCUCGAAGGUUCUGACCAAAUCCUCGCCAUCAUUGACGUCCUUGAAGCAUCAAAGAAGAAGCCCCUCAACACCAAUAACAACAUCGACUAUUAUGCUAUUCUCCAAGUAGAUCAUUGGAACUCCCAAGACCUCAAUCUUAUUAAGAAGCAAUAUCGUAGGCUUGCACUCCUUCUCGACCCCGAUAGGAACCUGUUUUCCUUUUCCCACCACACCUUCAAGCUUGUUUCCCAUGCCUGGUCUCUCUUAUCUGACCCAGUCCAGAAGCAAAUCUACGACAUGGGCUUGAACCGUGGUAUGGGUAGCUUCUGGACCACAUGCCCAUACUGUUACCACAUGUAUGAGUACCUUGUGGUUUACGAGGGUUGUUUCAUAAGGUGCCAGAAGUGCACUAGGCCAUUCCAUGGGGCACGUGUUCGUUCCAUGCCGCAGAUGGUGCCUGGGCAAGAGGCUUAUUACUUUUCCUCGGGAUCGUCUCCAACGGGUCUUGAGUUCAAAAGAUUAGAGAAUGGUGGGCGUAUUCAACAACCGACGAAGGCAACGAUGACAACACCAGUUCCCAAUGUUGCUUCUGCUCCGAGGAAGCGAGGAAGGCCUCGAAAGGUUGUGGUUUGA